AUGUCCACAGCUACAGCCUCACCCAUCCUUUCUCACCUAGCCUCACCUUCAACGCACCAACAAACAUCCAGACCACGUCAUCCUGCCUCACCUCAAGCCUCGCCGCAACAGCCUGGAAAUGUGCUACGCAGUGGGAGCCCCAGGAGCGGGACGACGGUAGGUAUGGAUCUGGAUGGAGUGUUGAAGUCGUAUAAUGGAGACAUGAGGAAGGCUUUGGAAAGUUUAUUUGCGGAGAAGACCAGUUUGGUACCACAAAACACUCAACUCUGGAAGCUGAUCGAAAAACAACGUACCCAGACUUCUGGUCUCAUGGCAGAUUGUGAACGUCUCCGAACUGAGAGAGAUAAAGCAGUAUCCAGACUAGCUUCCCUAGGACUAGAAGCUCCAAUCAAGAAAAUGUCCAGCAGUGCAAGCAGCUCUUCUGCUUUUGGAUUAGGAAUACGAACCGAACCUCCUACUCCACCUCAGAUACGACGACAUAAUUCCGAUCGAGAUGAUACAGGUGCACGAGGAGUCCCUCCACCUCGCAGUGCUUCCGGAGCGGGACCCUCAGCAUCGCUUCACACUCCGACGUUACUCCCUUCACCUAUGUUGGAAGAAAUAAGACGUGAAAGUAGGAUGGUAUUUCCACCGGAAGUGACUUCAUUCAUGUCGCUCGCCGAUUCACCACAAGAAGCGACGCAUACCAUCCCUCCUCAGAAUCCAAGUCGAAACGCCAUCCCUGCUAGUGAAAGUCAAGAUCAAACUAUCAUCACUUUCGGUGAAAGUCAUAGUCAAAACAGUAUCCCCUCAAGUUCGAGCAAUCUCAAUUUGAGCCCUCCUUCUCAAUACUCUACAUCUCCAAGCGUUUCCAUGACGAGCGAUAUGACAGCUCCGAGCUCUAUGACACUCUCCACACUUGCCAGUACUGCCGAAGUGAAUGAAGAAUACGAGAAUGAUAUUCGUUCAACAGAACCGAGUAGAUUCAAUCAAAUGUCUAUUCAAAUGUUACAAACUCCAACAUUGGAACUUCCACCUCGAACGUCUAGUGUCAGAUCACUAACACCACCAACACAUCCCGUCGUUUUUCCCGAACCACAACCUCAUCCCAAAUCACCAUCAUUCUCACAAACCCAGACAAAUGAAAUUAAUUCACCUAGACAAUCAUACGAAACUUCGGCUAUAUUAACACUCUCUCUUCUUCCACAUGCUCGGAUAUCUAUACCUACCUCCAACAUCUUCCCUAAUCAACUAGGUAGAGACGUCCUCUGUUUCGUAGUUUCCAUCUCACUCCGUCCUCCAAACGCUCAACCUGUCAUGUGGUCCGUUGCUAAACUCUUCUCCGCUUUCAUAGACUUGGACCAGAAAGUAAGGUCUAAGAAUAAGAAAGGGAGAAAAGAAUGGAAAAAUAUGGUAGCUCCACUUCCAGAUGGGAAAGCUUGGAAGGAUUUCGCUCCGAGUAAAAUCGAUCAACGUAAAGCGGCUUUGGAGGCUUAUUUACAGAGUUUGUUGGUGGCUCCGUUGAGUGAUAAGUCUGAUCUGUGCGAGUUUCUGUGUACAGAUCCGGUACAGGAGAGGUUGAAUGUGGAACGGAAAGAGGGUUAUUUGACAAAGAAGGGGAAGAACUUUGGAGGUUGGAAAACUAGGUAUUUCGUCUUGGAUGGACCGGUAAUGGAAUAUUACGAAGCGCGUGGUGGACCUCAUCUGGGAAGUAUCAUCAUCACCAACGCUCAAAUAGGACGUCAAAACCGACCCUCGGAUUCCACAGACGACCGCGAUUUCCGACAUGCCUUCUUAAUCAUUGAAAUGGGCAAGAAAGGGAAUACCCAACGACAUGUGUUAUGCGCUGAGAGUGAUAUCGAACGUGAUUCAUGGAUAGAUUUCCUUGUUCGACAAGUUGAUCCUGUACCACCACCAGCACCUUCUCAACAACUAUCGGCCGCAAUGUCUUCUACUCAACUCCCACCCCGUCGACGUAGCGUUUCUAUCAAGAAACAAUCCAAAGAUGUCGUCGUCACUGCCGCACAACCGAUAUCAUCAAUGACCAGUUCGGAUUCUAAAUUUUCCAACGUUCCUUCUCCUAGUUUAUUCAACAGUAUGGAAUCUCAAAAAUCUCUUCAAGCUCCUCAACCACCUGGAAUGUCAAAUCGAUCCGUUUCUUCUGGUUCUCCUACUUCUCUUCCAUCAUAUUCUUCUGAACCUCUCCAACCUUCACAAUCACAAGCUUCAUCUCAAUAUCCUGAUAACUCUUCAAUCUCUUCUGUUGAACCUAUCACCCAAACACAAACGCAAACACCUACUCCUCGAAACCAAAAGAGACAAAGUGUCAUGCCAAUCAAACAACCAUACACAGCUUCAUACCUUAACAGUUUAUCAGCUAGUGGUUUACCUCCACCACAAGAAAAAGAAAGAGAUCGUAAAGCUAAAUCUGGACGUUUUUGGCAAUCUUUUGGUAAAACACCAGAAAAACCAUUCAGACCUGUAUUUUCAGUCCCAUUAUCAGAUUCCAUUUCCGUCGCUUCGGUAGCAGGUUUACCUGCUAUCGUUUUCAGAUGUAUAGAAUGGCUAGAAAUCAAAUCAGCACAAGAUGAAGAAGGUAUUUAUCGUUUAUCAGGUUCAUCAGCGGUCAUAAAAGGUUUAAAAGAAAAAUUUGAUAUUGAAGGUGAUUUAAACCUUGUUCAACAAGAUGAAAAUUGGGAUCCACACGCUAUUGCCGGAUUACUUAAAACUUAUUUAAGAGAAUUACCUCAAUCUGUUUUAACGAGAGAAUUACAUAGUAGAUUUUUAUCAGUAAUGGAUUUGAUUGAUUCGAAUUCAAGAGUAAUGGAAUUAAGAAGAUUAGUAACGGAUUUACCAUCAUCGAAUUAUAUUUUAUUAAGAGCUUUGACGGCACAUUUGAUUUUGAUAGUGGGGAAUUCUAUGAAGAAUAAGAUGACUUUGAGGAAUAUUGGGAUUGUUUUUUCACCCACUUUGGGUAUACCGGCAGGGAUUUUCUCAGAGUUGGUUUGUCAUUUCGGACAGAUUUUCGAUGAUGAGCCUAUGGAGGGGGAGGGGUUGGACGACAAUGAAGGUAAGGAAGAAUUAGGGUAUAGAGAUGUACAAGGUAAUGAAGAGGGAGAAGAAGGGACGAUAAAGAGGAAUAGGAAUAGUUUGUUAUAUCAAGCUUCGGGAGCGGAUCGGUUGUUGGGAUUGCAGGGUAGAAAUUUAGAUCCAGGUGAGUGA